AACUUCCCGCCAUGCUAUUCGACGAGAUCACAGGCCCAGCGUGCUUAGUAGUUAUCGUGAGAGUUUGAUGUUCUGUUGUGGUUGAGAAGAUGGCUGCCGGGACUGGAAAACACAAGCUGUUGAAUAUUGGUCCAACAGAACCAUGGUCUAUUCGGGAGAAACUUUGUCUUGCUUCUUCAGUAAUGCGGAGUGGCGACCAGAACUGGGUAUCAGUGAGUCGUGCCAUCAAGCCCUUUGCAGAGCCAGGUCGCCCUCCUGAUUGGUUUUCUCAAAAGCACUGUGCCUCACAAUAUUCUGAACUGUUGGAAACUACAGAAACCCCAAAGCGAAAAAGAGGGGAAAGAGGUGAAGUAGUGGAGACUGUGGAAGAUGUUAUUGUACGGAAACUGACAGCUGAAAGAAUUGAAGAACUGAAAAAAAUGAUUAAAGAGACUCAGGAGAAAUACAGGAAACUGAAGAAAGAAGCAGAACUUAUUCAGAGUGGUCAUUUGGACAGCAAGCUGGAAGACCUGUGGAAUGAGACUUUGGCCAAAAAGAAGCAAGAAGAAGAGGAGGCAGAAAUGAAGAGAAAGGCUACAGAGGCUGCAUAUCAAGUUCGUCUGGCAGCUAAGAACAUUCCUCGCAGGACUAGCACAAUGAGUCGCUCCUCUGUGGGAUCCUCAUCUCCAGGAGGAGAGUUUGGCUUAGUGGACUUGACACCAAUUAACAAUGAGGAGGGAAGUGUGGGGGUAAGUGUGGGAUCAUUGUCGAGCACCUCAGUUCCGACUUUCAUUGGAAUUCCUGAUACCCCUCCUCCUGCUUCCGCCCCCCCGGAAUCCCCGUUGACCCCUGUGAUGGACGACUCUCCCCAGAAAAAGAUGGCAGGACAGAAAGCAACUCCUCCCCCUUCCCCGCUGCUCUCGGAGCUUCUGAAGAAAGGCAGUCUGUUGCCUUCGAGUCCCCGGCUGGUAUGGAAUCCCGACCCUGGUGACCGCAGAGAGUGCCCCGAAACUUCCCAUAGUAAUAGGGAGGAACAUUUGCUUGGUCAAAAUUUCCUGCCAUACUCAUUUCCUUCUUUUCAGGUGAGUGAAGGUGAAAUGGCUUUAACAUCUGGCAACAGUGCCAAUUCGGGUGUUCUCAUGGAUGUUGGAGUUUUGCCGACUCUUCACGGUGGGGAUAUACAUUCUGUACCAGGAACAAUCCCAGCAUCACCAGCCGCCUCAGGUGCUCCCACUUUGUCCCGGCUUCUAGAAGCUGGUCCUGCACACUUUGCUGCUCCUCAUGCUUCAUUCUCUACUGCUGCCAAUGAAUCUCCAUCUAAAUCUUUACUGGCUCCUAUAGAGUCUCAGGCAACUAUUGUAAUGAUGUCAGCUUUGCCAAUGACUCCUUCUGUCCCAGUGACUCAGCAAGACAGCAAUGACUCUGCUUCAGAUCCUCACUCCAUCUCAGUAUCUAUGGACAGCAGUGACAUCUCCAUGAUAAUAGACUCAAUCAACAAAGAGUGCUUGGCAAGUAGCGAUGGGGUUAGACAGUCCAAAGAUGAGACCUCAGAAGGCAAGGCAGAUCUGGACCUUUCUGAGAAAAUGGACAUGGAAGAACUUGACUUUGAAACUGUUGGUGACAUAAUUGCCAUUAUUGAAGACAAGGAUGACCAUCCAGAGGUGUUGGAUGUGGCUGCGGUUGAAGCUGCUCUCUCUUUCUGUGAGGAAAAUGAUGACCCCCAAGCACUUGCAGGUCCCUGGGAUCAGCCUGUCCAAGAACAUACAUCUAAUAGAGAUACAUUAGGGCAGUCACUAAUUUCAGGGGCCAAAGAGUCAGAAAGCUUAAUGAACAUCAUAGAAAUGAGUCAUGAAAUAAAAGCUGAGCCUCCGGAGCCUGACCUAGAACCAACUCAGGAGGAGGCUAUUUCACUCACUUCUCAACCUGUUUAUCUUGGACACACUGAAGAUCUGAAAGAACAAAGAGGAAACACUGAAAAUGAACAUGUUAAGGAAGAGGAAGUAGACCAAGUGAAAACAGAGGAGCCCUAUCAUGAAGCACCACAGAGCCAGGUAUUUCCAAAGGAAGAAGAGGCUGAAAUGGGAAUAGAGCAAACUCCAUUAGUAACUGACACAGUUAAAUCAGAGCCACACCCAGGCAGCCUUCACAAGGACUCGCAAGAGGAAGAAGAGGAGGAUGAUGUGACAAGUGAGGCUGGUAGCCCAGAGGAACCAAAGGAAGAAGAGCCCGGAGAGGAGUAUCUCUCUGAGAUGGAUAAUGAGCCACCAAUAAGUGAGAGUGAUGAUGGACUUAGUAUUCAUAAUGCACAACUUCAGUCCCACACACUGGCUGAUUCUAUUCCUAGCAGUCCAGCAUCUUCCCAGUUCUCAGUUUGUAGUGAAGAUCAAGAGGCAAUACAAGCUCAGAAAAUCUGGAAAAAAGCUAUUAUGUUGGUGUGGCGAGCAGCAGCUAACCACAGAUAUGCCAAUGUUUUCCUGCAGCCUGUGACAGAUGAUAUAGCCCCUGGCUAUCACAGCAUUGUACACAGACCUAUGGAUUUAUCUACAAUAAAGAAAAACAUUGAAACUGGAUUAAUCAGGAGCACUGCAGAGUUUCAACGAGAUAUUAUGCUCAUGUUCCAGAAUGCAGUCAUGUAUAAUAGCUCUGACCAUGAUGUGUAUCAUAUGGCUGUUGAAAUGCAGAGAGAUGUGUUGGAACAGAUCCAGCAAUUUCUGGCCACCCAGUUAAUCAUGCAGACAUCAGAGUCAGGCAUAAGUGCAAAAAGUCUAAGGUUUCGAGAUUCAACACGCAAGCAAGAUGCUUCAGAGAAGGACAGUGUCCCCAUGGGCUCUCCUGCCUUCCUUCUCUCUCUCUUUGAUGGAGGUACACGAGGCCGCCGUUGUGCUAUUGAAGCAGACAUGAAAAUGAAGAAGUGAGGUGUACCCAUCUAGAAAAUCAGGCGCCAUAAUGAUUGAGUGAUCUGUUAGAAAUAGAAGAAUAGAUUGCCAUUCCAGUUGAAGCAAAACACUCCCAAACAAAAUAGAUUGGUUUUUGCCACAAGCAAAUUCCAUUCACCUAUUAAAUUGUUGUCAAUAUAUUGUGAAUAACUUGUAAAUAAUGUACAGUAAAACUAUGUUUAAACAACUGUCUUGAUUUUGUUUUGAAUUGUCCAAAACUGGAAAAAGUUGCUGUAAUUGAAAAUAUUUAUUUGCGCAAUUUGUACUACAGUAUAUAGUACAUUUUAGCCUUGUGUAACUAUGUAAAUUCACUCUGCCCUGGAGGAGCCUUUUUCUUCUUACUGACUCUCACCUCCUGGGGUAAAAUCUAAUUUCAGUUCUUUGGAAAUAUGUGAGAAUUCUUUAGCCUGUGUUAAUCUUCCCCCCCCCACUGUCUAUUUAUAGACAAUGCUUUAGUAAGUGAUUUCAAGCUGUUAUUUUUGCUCGUUGGCAGAACUCAUAUUUAAAUGGACCGUAACAUCAGUAAAUAAAAAUACAUUUAACUAUAUACAUUUAACUAUAACUAUAUAGCUUACUAGCUGCAUAAGGGAAUAUUUUUCAUCAUACUUCCUUCCAGUCUUUGAUUUUGGUAUAGGCAUGGUCACUGUUCAAUCUAUAACAACUGUUGUAGAGGCUGAGGAGAUUAAAAAAAAAAAAAAAAGUUGAGUAUGCUAUAUAGCCAAUGUGCUUUUUAGGGUGAUGGCACAGAGAUUCUGGCAAAAAUAGUUUUGCAUUGGCAUACUCCCCUACUAAAACAUAUGAAUCAAGUAACCACUGUAAAUAUUGUCUUCUCAGUCAUUUGUAUGCCUAGGCCUCAAGAAAAGAAGACAGAAAAGGAAGAAGAUUGUGGAGGAUCAGCUUCUAUGGAAAUACCCCUGGCCUGAGCAGUUUUCUGCUAAAAGGAACACUGGCCUGGGGUAUCAGGUCAUUAUAAUUUAAGGGGAUGUCUAACAUUUUUAACUUUAGUUCUCUUUUAAAAAUAAAUCAAUUCCUUUUCUCAUUCACUAAACUAUAUACAUUGUUUUAAGGCAAAUAAAAAUAUUUUUUUGAUGAUAGUGUCACUUUUUAAAGGUAUCUAUAAUUUCUAUUGGCAGAGCUUUUGUGGGCAGUUAAUGAAUACGCUCUAAAGUUCCAUUGAACACAACUGAACUGGACAGAGAGGUUUAGAUAAAGAUGGCUGAGUACAGCAGUCUUAGUAGUAACAAUAAAAGCAUUAUUAUAUAGCCAGGAUAGAAAUAAAUACUAUAUCAGGUCAAAUAUUUUAUAUUUUUGUUGUUACUGGCUCUUGAUAAUGUACAGGUUCCAGUUAUAAAAUCCGAAGGCUUUUCUAUCCAUUCAUGUUUCAGCCUUGUAAUAUGUUUGUUUUCAACAAGGCUGAUUUUGUUUGUAAAAAUAGAGUAAAUAUUAGUUUUGUAAGACUCAUCAAUGAAUUUAACUAUGUUUGUCUGCUGCAUUUCAUCUGCAGUGUUCUGCAUUACGCUGUUAGUGUAGAUAAUGGACUGUAUAGUUUGUUGUUUGCACUAUUGUGGACUCCCCUGUGUUUGGUAUUUAUUUGUGUGUUGGUUCCCGUCUGUCUCCUAAAUAUCUUGUUUUGCAUCUUUUGACUGUUAACCCCA